UCGCUACGAUGUAUAUGGAACUCUUAGCGUGGGAUUCGAGGGGCUGGUCUGGCUGACAUGGGCAUGUGCAGGAAUACCAAAAGGGCGCCAUAUUCCGCCAAAUGCUCGAGUACAAACGCGAGAAGCUCAGCCUGGAGAGCCGCGUGCAAGAGCUCGAGAAGAAUGCCGUUGAUCACGACGACCACAUCAGGAUAGUGGACGCAUGGGUACUCCAGUUAUUACAAGAAAUCCAGCUGCUUGUUGAAGGGGCCGUAUCAUCGCACAUCCCAGUAAAUCUGGCCCCAGGUUCAGCGCUCUCUUUCAAGGACAGCAAAGAAUUCCAGAGGCACCUCGGUGACAAGGCACAGACUUUAAGGUCACAUACAGAUGGUAUCCUAAAACGACUCACUGCCGCGAGAGGCGAGGUCAACCCGGAAGUAGCUCAGCUCGAGUCGCAAGUCAAGUCGCUGCUCGCGCAGCAAAAGGAAUUGAUCGUCAAGGUAGACAGGCUGGAAAAACAGAACGCGUCCCUAUCGGAGCAGUACGACAAUGCCACUCUGAAGGCUUUCAAGGCAGAGCGGAAGCUGGAUCGAGUCAAAAGUGCUCAAGUGCACAAACUAGAGCAACAAGCACUCGCUGGCGCCACAGCUCAUCCGGCAUCCAAGGACGAGAGCGGUGCUGGUUCUAGCACGUCCAGUGGCGAUACCGAGGCACUCAAACUGCAGUAUCAAGAGGCAACGGCCAUCCUGGAGAAGCAAAAACAGCAGCUCGAAGCUGCGUUAUCCGAAAAUAAGGCGCUUACGGAGGAGAACACUUCCUUGAAGAUCAAGAAGGAGUCCCUGACGGACGAGGAGUAUGCGCGAACAGAGGUGUUCAAACAGUUCAAGGCACAGAACGAGGACCUCAUCAAACGCAUCAACCAUCUCGAGGCGACCAACAAGGUGCUUCGCGAGGAUGUGGAGAAACUGCGUGGGGAAAGAACUGAGUGGAAGAGCAGAUUGGAAACGGAGGCGCAAGUCGUUACCUUGGAGCUGGAGGACCAAAUUCAACAGAAGGAGCAAGAUCUCACCCGCAUCCGCUCGGCCCGGGACGAACUUCUUGCCGAAGUCGCCAUGCGGAAGGCCAGCCAAGACCAGGAGAAGCAGGCAUUGACGCAUAUGAAGGAGCUGGUUGAUGCGCAGCGAGAUCGUAUUGCCGAACUCGAGUUGGAGCUUGAAAGGCUACGACCAAACGAGGUCACCAGCAUGCCGGACCCACGCCCGAAUCUCGAGACCUUAUCCGUGGAAGCUCUGUGGGAACAGUACUCGAAGUUGCAAAAGGACUUUGAGGCCAUCAAUAAGGAGCUACCGCUCUUGGAGAAGUCAUACAAAAAGUCAAUGGCGUUGGCACACGGGAAGGUCAUGGAAUUCCAGGCGCUCGAAGACCGAGUUGCGACGCUCAUAGCCGAGAAGAGCAAGGCGGACCAGAAAUACUUUGCGGCGCGGAAAGACAUGGACAUCCGAGGAACCGAAAACCGGACAUUGCGGGCACAGAACAACAAGAGCUCCGACAUCAUCAUCCAGCUCAAGGAAGUUGAGACGCAGAGUAGGGCUCUUAUUGCCAGUCUUGAGAAGCAGAUUGCAGCGCUGAAGCAGGACCAUUCGGCGGCCAUGGCAGAAAGGAAGAGGUUGGAGCAGUUAAGUGCCGAGGCGACACGCAGAGCAGACUCGUGCAAAUCGCAAAUAUCCAGUCUCACGGACUUGGUGAGAGCAAAGGACUCCGCGGUUGCAGCAAUGAAGGAGCAGCUCUUCAGAUUCGAGACCGAGUUGGAGAAAGCAAAGGUCGAUGUCAAGGAGAUCACCAAGGAGUGCAACAAGUGGAAGGUCAAGUGUCAGAGCAACUCGUCAGAGGAGGAAGAGGCACUCAGGACUUUGGUGAUUUGCUCCGUUUGCCGAAGCAACUUCAAGAACACGAUACUGAAAAGUUGCGGCCACGUCUUCUGCAACAGCUGCGUGGAUGACCGGCUUGCGAACCGCAUGAGGAAGUGCCCGAGCUGCAACAAGGCGUUUGAUCGCUCGGAUGCCAUGACUGCACAUCUGUGAAGCUUCCCAUCUGACGACGUCGUCGGACCUCGUUCCCUGACUACAACAACCAUACCAUUGUGCUUUACCACCCUUACACAACGAACCUGCCCGGUCUCCAACGUCGACUUGCAAGAGAGCACUCCAUUACUGA